CCCUGCCGAGCCGAACUGAGGGCGGCGGCGGCGGCGGCGACUGCUGGAGCGGCCCGGCAGGAGGAGGCGGCGAGGAUGGCGGCGGCGGCGGCGGCGUCCUGGGCGCGGCGGAGAUGAGCGCUCGCGGCCCCAGGCCCAAGGCGGCGUGGCCGGAGUGGGCGGGGGUCCCGAUGCAGGCCCGAGGGGGGCCAUGGGGCAGGUCCUGCCGGUCUUCGCCCACUGCAAAGAAGCUCCGUCUACAGCUUCAUCUACCCCUGACUCCACAGAAGGAGGGAACGAUGAUUCGGAUUUUCGGGAGCUGCAUACAGCCCGGGAAUUCUCGGAGGACGACGAGGAGGAGACCACGUCGCAGGACUGGGGCACUCCGCGGGAGCUGACCUUCUCCUACAUCGCCUUCGACGGUGUGGUGGGCUCUGGGGCUCGCAGGGAUUCAGCCGCUCGCCGCCCACGGCCCCAGGGCCGCUCAGUCUCGGAGCCGCGAGAUCCGGCCCCUCAGCCCGGCCUGGGCGACAGCUUGGAAAGCAUCCCCAGCCUGAGCCAAUCCCCGGAGCCCGGGCGUCGAGGUGACCCCAGUUCUGCCCCUCCAGCUGAGCGCCCCCCAGAGGACCUGGGGCUCCAGCUGGAUCAACUGGGCUGGGCGACCCGGGGAGCAGGGACUGGGGAGGACUCCGCCACCAGUAGCUCCACUCCACUGGAAGACGAGGAGCCCGAAGGAUCAGUGGCUGGAGAGGCUGGGAAAGAAUUGGACCUACCACUCGCAUUCGUUCAGUCCUCGCCGCUGGAAGUCUUUACUCCACAGCCCAGCCCUGUCUCUGGGAUCCCCCAGACCCCCACCCCAUCCCCACCUCGAUCCCGGGAUUCGAACUCUUGGCUGGAUGAGCCCUUGCCUGACGAGAAGGAGGAAGAGCCCUGGGGGCAGCUGGAGCGGGAGCCAAUCACGGGACAGUGCCUCGCUAGCACGGACCAAUCAGAAUUCACAUUGGAAUCACAAGUUCUAGUGGUGGACCUGCUGCACUGGAAGGAUGCGAAGACGUCAGGAGUGGUCUUCACAGGCCUCAUGGUCUCCCUGCUAAGCCUCCUGCACUUUAGCAUCGUGUCCGUGGCCGCCCACGUGGCCCUGUUGCUGCUCUGCGGCACCAUCUCUCUCAGGGUUUACCGAAAAGUGCUGCAGGCCGUGCACCGGGGGGACGGCGCCAACCCCUUCCAGGCCUACCUGGACGUGGACCUGACCCUGACUCGGGAGCAGACUGAACGUUUGUCCCAGCAGAUUGCCUCCCAUGUUGUCUCUGCGGCCAUACAGCUGCGGCAUUUCUUUCUGGUAGAAGACCUCGUGGACUCCCUCAAGCUGGCCCUUCUCUUCUACAUCUUGACCUUCGUGGGUGCCGUCUUCAAUGGUUUGACUCUUCUCAUUCUGGGAGUGAUCGGUGUAUUCACAGUCCCUCUGCUAUAUCGACAGCACCAGGCCCAGAUUGAUCAGUAUGUGGGAUUGGUGACCAAUCAGUUGAGCCACAUCAAAGCUAAGAUCCGAGCUAGGAUCCCAGGGACCGGAGCCCUUGCCUCGGUAGCAGCUGCAGUCUCCGGACCCAAAGCCAAAGCCGAAUGAAAGAGGUGUCUCUGCCUGCGGGACGCCUGCUCCCACCCCGUGUAGCCCUCUGCCCUCUUCCAUCUCCCUUCCAUCCCUGCCCUCUCCCAGUCUCAGCCCGAGCCAUUUCCCAGUGGGUGUCAGGAUCACUCACACCAGGGAGUUUGCGCAAAUUGCCUGAGCGACUAGGACUACAUUUCCCAAGAGGCUCUGCUCUAGGAGUCCAAGGAAAGCGAGGCACCUUGGCCGCGGGGCCUGCUGGGACUUGUAGUUGCCUAGAUAGGGCGCACGCCCUGCACUUCCGUGACCCCACCGCUGGAGGCGCCGUGAGGGCUUGGUGUCUCUUUUGACGCCACUAGCCCCAACGUUGGGGCUUUGCAUGGGGCCCAGGGGAGGCCUGAGCUUGGAUUUACACUGUAAUAAAGACUUCUGUGGAAAA